AUGCCAACUCCAGACAUCUCUAAGCUACCCGUCACCUACUCUGACGUUGCCUACAACAAGAGGGACUUGAUUCUUUAUGCAAUAGGCAUUGGCGAAAAUGACUUGAAAUUUACCUAUGAAUUGAACAAGGAUUUCGCCGCCUUCCCUACAUUCCCAAUUCACCUUCCCUUUCGAACUUCGAGCAAUGUGACCAAUUUCUUAGAAAGGGGUGGACAUGCAAUUCCAGGCAUCAAACUGGAUUUAUCGAAAGUAGUUGACGGCGAGAGAUAUAUCGAAAUCCUUAACCCCCUUCCCUUGGAAGGCAAAUUCAGAUUCCGUACCAAAAUCACUGGUGUUUUCGACACUGGAAAAGCUACCGUCGUUCAGUCUGAAGCAACCAUGAUUGACGCCAAUAGCAAAGAGUACGCCAAGGUACUGUCGUCUACUUUUUAUAGAGACGCUGGAGGCUUCGGAGGUGAAAAGCCACCAAAACCAUCUUUGGACUCUAUUCCACCACCCAGACCUGCGGAUAAUAGCCUCUCUCUGCCAACUUUGAAACAACAGGCUGUCAUCUACCGCUUGUCUGGCGACUACAAUCCACUACACAUUGAUCCUACCUUUGCCAACCAGGUGGGCUUCCCAACGCCAAUUCUACAUGGUCCUGCUUCUUAUGGAAUCGCAGCUAGAGCUAUUUUAAAAUUAUGGGGAGAGAAUGACCCAUCACGAUUUAAGAGCUUUCGAGCUCGUUUCAUCUCCCCCGUUCUGCCAGGAGAGACUCUAAGAGUCGAUUCGUGGUUAGUUCGUGACGAGUUUGGAUGCCAGACCAUUUCCUUCACAGUUACAGUCGUAGAACGAAAUAUACAGGCUAUAGGAGGCGGGGUCGCAAAACAGCAUCCAAUACCGAUCGAAUCAGGAGACCGAAAUGGACACAGUCUACACAUUUCUGCAGUCAAGGUACCAGCCCUCCGUAAUCUAGCAACUUCAACAGCAUCCAUUUUAGCAAUAUUAGUCUUGAAAACAUUGGAUCCACAAGUAGUUGGCAUUCGUUUAACAUCCUCUAGAUCUUUGACACCAAACGGGACUCCGCACAAUGGUGGAAGUAAUUCACCACAUCGCUGCCUGUCAAUACAUACAGCACUUUCUUACAGUGCUGCCUGCUCGGAUAUAUACACGAAUGCAUUGAUUACCGGGUUGAUUUCCUUGAUGCGUGCUAGAUGUGCGAUGAUGGAUUCUGUGGGUGUUACAGCUCCAGAUUGGAUAAAGAGGCAAGUUCGUACAGUGGUCGGUCUGGUUUGCUCAUUGUUGCGAAAUCAAAAGCCUGGUGAUUCAGACGGUACUUCUAAACCUGGAGCUGGACGUCUCGAUGCGCAUUGUAAUCCCACCAACACCGUAUUAUCCUUGGGAGCUAGCGAUGUUGACGCGUUGCCAAACGCUCUUGAAGCUGGUCAGUGGCUUGAUGACGAGUUUGUUAUGUUAGUUGGAAAUGCCACACCUCUUUCCGCUCAAGGAUUAUCCGGCCUAGCUUGUGCCAAACGCAGCAACUGCAGUUGCAUUGUCGCAAUGGUUCGAGAAUACAGCAUUCCCAACGAUUCUCUCAUUGGAAAGACUAUCAUUGUAACUGGAGGAAACUUUGGACUCGGAAGAUCUGCGACAGAAUCCUUUGCAUUGGCCGGCGCCAAAGUCAUUAUUGCUUCUCGAUCACUGGAACGUGCCACAUCAGCAAGAAAUGAAAUUAUGGCAGUUGUUUCUCGAAAGAAUGCAAACGGCAUGGUAGAAGUUAUGACUGUUGAUAUCUCCAGCAUGAAAUCGGUGAAAGCCUUUGCUGCAUCCUUCUUAGCUCGAGACGAACAACUAGACAUUCUUGUUUGUAAUGCUGGUCUUAUCGCAAAGGAUGAUACCAAGACAUCGGAAGGCUUCGAAUUACACUUUGCUCUGGCUCAAGGACACUUCCUCUUGACAUUGUUGCUACUUCCGGCUCUAAAGAAGGCCUCCAAUGCUCGAGUCGUGACGCUAUCGUCUGCAGGGCAUGUCUCUGCCAUUGCUGGUAUCGACUAUGAGAAGGUGCAUGGUGAUAAAGUCCUUACAAAACAGAGCACAAAGGAAGUUGUGUUAAGUUAUGGUGUCUCAAAACUCGCCAACAUAUACUACUCGAGAUGGACUGCCCAACAACUAAAAGGGACUAGAAUCACAUCGUAUUCUCUACACCCAGGAGCUGUUUCAACCGGGAUAUGGAAGUUUGUGCCUAGUGCACUGAGGUGGAUGAUCAAAUACGUGACGCUUACAGAGGAGCAAGGUGCACGUACAAUUCUUUAUUGUGCGGUUGAUGAAAAAGCUGGCAAGGAGACGGGUCUUUACUAUGAGGAUUGUGCCGUGAAGAGAACUUCGUUAAUAGGAUCUGACGAUAAAAAAGCCGUUGAACUCGUCGAGACUAGUGGGAAAUGGUUGAAUGUUGACGUUUACUCGUACUUUAAAGGAGAGGUUGGCAAAUCUGAUGGCUACCUUUAA